AUGCAAAUCGUUUCUUCGUUGAUCCUUGUAACAGCAGCAGCAGCUGGGCUGCUUAUGACUCCUGUCAAUGCUUGCGAACCUUACAAAAAGCAUACCAUCAAGGCAAAAGGCAUUGAAGCUUCCUUUAUUGAAUAUGGUGCCACCAUCACUAAUCUAUGGGUCAAUGACAAGGAUGGUGUUCCAAGAGACAUUGUCCUCGGUUGGGAUGAUACCAAACAAUACAAUCUUCAAGCUGGUUUGCCCGGGUUUUUGGGAGCUGUCGUGGGUCGCUAUGCCAACCGUAUUGCCAAUGGCACCUUUACUAUUGAUGGGACCGAGUACCAUACACCUUUGAAUGAGAACAAUAUCACAACCUUGCAUGGUGGCGAUAUGGGAUUCAAUCGAUUGAAUUGGACCUUGGUGGAUAAGGGCAAGCAGGAUAUUACUUUUGGAUUGACUUCGGCUAAUGGGGAUGAGGGAUUCCCAGGCACCGUGGAUGUGCGUGUAAAGUACUCCGUAAAUGACAACCAAGAAUGGCAUAUUGAUUAUCAAGGCACCACGGACAAGGAAACCAUCAUGAUGUUGUCGCAACAUACCUAUUGGAAUUUGGAUGCAUUUACUACAUCGGACACGGUCGAUGAUCACGUCUUGUGGAUCCCUGCUGACAAGUAUGUCAAGACCGAUGGAUCAUUGAUCCCCACGGGUGAAUUGGUUGAGGUGGAUGGUACUGCCUUGGAUUUCCAAAAAGAGAAACCUAUUGGACGUGAUCUCAAGGAAGCCAAGGAAUGUGGCUUUGAUUGUGUGGGCUAUGACAAUUGCUUUAUUUUGUCCGAUCCCAAUAAGGAAGAGUAUCAAUUGAAAGCAUAUGCUCCCAGCACAGGCAUUCAAUUAGCUAUCAAGACCGAUCAACCUGCUUUCCAAUUUUAUUCAUGUGGUGGUUUGGAUGGCACUUUGCCCAUUAAAAAGACUCAAGGUCCAGAGGGAAGCAAGAAACAUGCCCACCGCCGACGACAGGAUCAAAAAUACGUUCCUCAAUAUGGAUGCUUUGUCCUGGAGACUGAAGAAUACAUUGAUGGCAUCAACAAUCCCCAAUGGGGCAAGGAACAUAUGGGAUUGCUUAAGCCUGGAGAAGAGUACACCCAACAUGCCGAAUAUCAUUUUAGCAUCCAUCAUUAA